AUGGCCAGCAUAACACAUUUCCUUCAAGAAUUCCAAGCUACUCACUUUGCCACCUCUGUUGCUCUUGGUGGUCUGUCUUUGUUUAUUUUCUUCUCCUUCUUCAUACAAAGAUUUCGUUCUACAAAGAAGAAUGGAAAUUCCAAACUCCCUCCAGUACCAGUGGUUCCAGGGUUGCCAGUGAUAGGAAAUUUGCUGCAAAUGAAGGAGAAGAAACCUCACAAAACUUUUUUAAGGUGGGCUGAAAUAUAUGGACCAAUCUACUCCAUCAGAACUGGUGCUUCCACUGUAGUUGUUCUCAAUUCAGCCAAUAUUGCCAAAGAGGCUAUGGUGACCAGAUUUUCCUCCAUCUCAACAAGAAAUUUAUCAAACGCCAUAAAGCAUCUCUCCGGUAAUAAAUGCAUGGUUGCCACGAGCGAUUACGAUGAAUUUCACAAGAUGGUAAAGAGAUAUAUACUUACAGAUGUUCUGGGAACGAAUGCACAGAAGCGACAUCGAUGCCACAGAGACACUAUGAUAGAAAAUAUUUCGAACAAAUUACAUGCUCAUAUAAAGAACUCUCCUCUUCAAGCUGUGAAUUUCAAGAAAAUAUUUGAGUAUGAACUUUUUGGACUAGCAUUGAAACAAUCACUAGGACAUGAUGUGGAAUCUAUUUAUGUGGAGGAGCUUGAGAGCACUUUGUCAAGGGGAGAGAUAUUUAAGGUAUUAGUAUCUGACUUGAUGGAGGCUGCAAUUGAAGUGGAUUGGAGAGAUUUCUUCCCAUAUCUUAAAUGGAUUCCAAAUAAGAACCAUGAAAUGAAAAUUCAGAGAAUGGUUUUCGAAAGACAAGCAGUGAUGAAUGCCCUUAUCAAGGCACAGAAAAAGCGCAUUGCUUCAGGAGAGGAAGUAAGUUCUUACCUCACUUACUUGUUAUCUGAAGCAAAAACACUCACGAAUGACCAAAUUACUGUGUUGGUAUGGGAGCCAAUCAUUGAGAUAUCAGAUACUACUAUGGUUACAACAGAAUGGGCCAUGUAUGAACUUGCUAAAGAUCCAAACCGGCAGGAUCUUCUUUAUAAGGAGAUUCAAAAUGUUUGUGGGACUAACAAGAUGACAGAGGAGCACUUAUCUAAGCUUCCAUACUUGGGUGCUGUUUUCCAUGAAACUCUGAGGAAGCACAGUCCAACUCCAAUAAUACCUCUGCGACACGCACAUGAAGAUACCCAAUUAGGAGGGUACUAUAUUCCUGCAGGAAGCGAGAUUGCUAUAAACAUAUACGGGUGUAACAUGGACAAGAAACAAUGGGCAAAGCCUGAAGAGUGGAAGCCAGAGAGGUUUCUUGAUAAGAAAUAUGAUCCAAUGGAUUUGUACAAGACAAUGUCAUUUGGAGGUGGAAAGAGAGUAUGUGCAGGUUCACUUCAGGCAUCGUUAAUAGCAUGCACAACAAUUGGUAGGUUAGUACAGGAAUUUGAGUGGAGGCUGAAAGAUAAAGAGGAGGAAAACGUGGAUACUGCUGGACUCACUUCUCACAAGCUCCAUCCCAUGCAAGCAAUUCUAAAGCAGAGAAAUUAAUAGCGUAGAAUCACACUUGCCUUUGGUUUCAUUCCAAUGAACUACUGUUGAUUGAACCCUCAGCGCCUAUUUGUUUGUUGUGCUGGUA